AUGCGACUGAAUCCUGGAGAUAGAUUGGUCCUAGCUACAUCGUACGAAUGCAAGUUCAUAGAGACCUCUGUGGGCAUCAACCAUAACGUGGACGAGCUGCUGGUGGGGCUGCUCACGCAGAUCAGACUCAAGCAGCAGCAUGCAGAAAGAGUACGGAAGCGUAGUGGUUCCCGCAAGAAUCGUGCGCGUGGGCGCUCCCCGCUGCAGUCCCCCGGAGCGACUCCUGCUCCCGCCCCCGCUGCGCCCGCCUCCGCCGCCAGCACGCCGCGCAAACGCACCAGACUCUCCGCCAGCGUCAAGGUGCGCGGGUUACUAGGUCGCGUGUGGGCGCGAGACUCCAAGUCGAAGUCAUGUGAGAACCUCCACGUGCUCUAG